AUGGAUUCCAAUGGAGACAUGUUUGACUCUGCGGUUAAUCUAGAACAAACCCACUACAAAGAAGGUCACGAAGAAGGCUAUGCAAACGGGUUAGUGUCGGGUAAAGAAGAAGGACGCCAGGUGGGUCUAAAAACUGGGUUCGAAGUGGGCGAGGAAUUGGGUUUUUAUAGAGGCUGCAUCGGCAUCUGGAACUCCGCUAUCCGGGUCGAUCCGAAUCAUUUCUCGGUCCGGGUCCAGAAAUCCAUAAGCCAGAUGAAUGAAUUGCUCAAGAAGUAUCCAAUAUCCGAACCGGAAAAUGAGUCCGUAUCAGAUAUUAUGGACUCCUUAAGACUCAAAUUUAGGGCGAUUUGUGCCACGCUGAAUGUGAAAUUGGAGUAUAAUGGGUAUCCUAAAGCCUCUGAUGUUGAAAAUAUCGAAUUUUGA